AAAGACCAAAACAAGACGAUUGUAAGUCCUGGCUUGGGGUUUGUGGCGUCUGGGACUGCUUUCGGAAUCGAAGGAAGGACAAAGAUUAGCAGCAGUCGAUACCGGCAGUGAGAGUCCGUACCAUGAGGCUCCUUUCGCCGCUUUCGUCGAACAAGAGCCGUGCAACUCUUGUGUCCAUGCUCUGCUGGUUUACGCUUUUCACGAUCUUCCAGUUCAUCGACCCGUUUCUCUCCAUCUCGCACUGCUCGUUUCCACGGAUUGCGAAUGAUUUGGAGUAUGACUCGGAGGUGAGCAUCAGCAAGGUGCUCAUCAUCGCGGACCCGCAGUUGAUCGACAACCAUACAUACCCGGGGAGACUGUCCCCCUUGCUAAGCCUAUCAAAAUUUACCGUGGACAACUAUAUAUAUAAAAACUACGUGGCGCUAAUGAACGAGCUCAAACCUCAGACAAUAUUGUUCUUGGGUGACUUGUUAGACAACGGAAGAGAGUCCUCCGACGAGUACUACGAGAACGAGUAUCAGCGGUUCAUCAAAGUGUUUGUCGACCCGGCAAGAAACAGGGAAGUGGAGUUCAUCACCAGCGUUCCGGGGAAUCACGACAUUGGCUGGGCUGAUGGGGUCACCGAACACUCGCUCGAGAGGUUUGGGCAGCACUUUGGACAUCCGAACAAAAUCAUACAGAAGGGGAACCACGACUUGAUUCUACUCGACAACUUGUCCUUAAUGAACACCGUAGAUAAAAAGGUUGCCGAACCGGCACAAAGCUUCUUGAACACAUUGAGGGAAACAAAGAAGGAACGAACAAGGAUACUUUUUGACCACGUCACGCUGUGGAGAGACCCCGAGGUCCAAGUCUGUGGCGCGUCGAGAGAGAGUAAGAAGCCAUUUCCGAUCUCUAAAGGUUACCAAUACCAAACCGCCAUAGACGAGGAAGCGUCCUUGGAUAUUCUUCGGGCAGUACGUCCUGAUGCCAUAUUCAGUGGUGACGACCACGACUACUGUCAAGUCGUCCAUUCAUACAGAGACAGCAAGGGCAAGGAGCAGAGAAGUCUCGGCGUCAACGUGAAAAGCAUGUCGAUGGCCAUGGGCAUCAAAAGGCCUGCGGUCGAGCUCCUCACCUUGUACAACAAGCCGGUCAAACUUGAAAAGGACUGGAUCUUAAACAACCAGGUGGUGAAGACAAAGGGUGAGUUCCUCGACUACACUUUCGACACUUGCUACCUCACCAAGCCUUAUGUGGAUAUUGUUGCAUAUGUCUUCUUGGCAAUAAUCGACGCCAUUUGGUUAUUCAUCAGUUGUGUCGAAAGAAAAAAGAGAUACGUCAGUAUCGCCGACAAUUAUUCCUAUGACAAUUUUUUUGAAAGUCUGUUUAAAAACGUCAACUGGCUUGCUUUCAUCAAGCUGUCUGUCAUCAACGGAUUGCUCGCAAUGUUCCUUUACUAUCUUUUUACACUUCAUUGAUUUCCGCCUUUUUCUAAAAGAAGAUAUCUCAUUUCUUGUUUGUCUAUAUUUUUAUAAUGCAAAAAAACUGCACCAUCGCAACCUUCCCCGUACUCCGCUA